AUGCGCUCGCUCUGGCACCCCCUACACACGUCUCAGUACAUGUGGAACAAGAGCUCGCUGGCCAACGUGCUGCUCUCAUGCCUGGGCGAUCGCACCGAAAUGGCGCACAGCGUCGAGGCACGCACACCAUUCCUCGACCACCACCUCACCGAGUAUGUCAACCGGCUGCCGCCCAGCGUCAAGUUGGCAUACUCGCCCGUGCACAAAGUCGACCAGUGCGAGCAGGGCCCGCUCUGGAAGAACGCUGGGUUGGCGCUGCAGUCGCUGACCGAGAAGUGGAUUCUGCGCGAGGCAGUACGCCCAUAUAUCACCGACGAAUUAUACAAGCGGAGGAAGCACCCAUUCCUGGCGCCGACGAGGUGGCCCGAGGGGGGUGCGUUGCACCAGCUGUUUGGCCGGCUGUUAACUCGCGACGCUGUCGAGGCGUUGGGCUUCCUGGACUUUGCUGUGGUUGAGGAGGCGCUAGGGCAUGCCUUUGGUCCCAAGGGAGACACCAAAGCCUUCCGCACGCUGGUGUAUGUUGCGGCGUGGGUGACGCUGGCGGAGCGAUUUGGCGUCAAGAAGGCGGAUAAGGACGAUUGGAUUGGCCAAGGGAAGUUAGGAGGGCGGCAAGCUACGGCGGACUAUUAUUAA